GAUAGCGCAGUGGGCAUGUACUGUGAUUGUGCCAUGUAUCGAAGUGUUGUGCUUUCGCUGUGUUUUGCCGCCAUCGUUCUCCUUUGCUGUGUCAAACAGUUUUCGGUGGACGCAACAGAAGUUGACAGUAACAUGCGUUCGCUGUCUCUUCUUCGCAUUUCGAGGAUAUCGCGCGGACGCAUAACGAGGCAAGUUAAGGAGGAUUUCUCUCCUGAGGAAACGCCGCAAGAGAGUCGUCGCUACGGUGCAAAUGUCAUUCCGGAAGACCUUACCCGUGAGAAUGACACCAGUGAGGAUUUCACAGAACCAACAACGUCACCUGUUACAGGUGACAUCGCUUCCUCAACAGCUGAAACAAGUUCACAUCAGGCAGACCCGGCAUCACCUACACAGCCAACCCUACAGGUGAUGUCAACAACAGAAGGAAAACCACAAAUUGAUCCCGCUGAACGACAAACAUCAACACUACCAAAUGAAGAAGGUUUUUCAACGUCCGAAAACAUGCACGAUGAAGAUUUCACAGAAUCAGCAACGUCACCUCUUGCAGGUGACAUCGCUUCCUCAACAACAGAAACACGUUCGCAUCAGGACCCGGCAGCACCUACUCAACGAACCGUACAGAUGAUGUCAACAACAGAAGGAAAACCACAAGUUGACCUUUGUAAAGAAUUCAGCAGAUUUGCGUGUGGCCCGACAGUUCAAUGUGCCACAGACAGCGACGUGAAGGCAGUGUUCUGCAUCUGUGAGAAGGAUGAAAUUUUCGACGCUGACAGUGGAAAAUGCCUUCACAAGGAUUCUUGCAAAAUAUCUCCCUGCCCAGUGGGAGACUGUGAUGACGAUCACGGCAAAACUGCACGUUCAUGCGACUGUUCCGACGCAAAAUACAUGGACCUCAAUCCGGAUUGUUCAGUGCAUGAGGACGUUUUAGAAUACUGUGAAGAGAUUGGAGCGAAGCCUGUUGUUAAGGGAACAUCGGGUUAUUGCGCCUGUGGAGAAUACCAAAGCCUUUCACAAUUCUGCACAUACAAGUACUGCUCAAAUUUCAAGUACUCCUGCAAAGAUAUAUGCGAGGGAGGGGUACUGGGAAAAGACGACCGUUGCUGUCAAGGAUGGAAUAGCAAGAACUGUUCAGUGGAACCUGAUGAAACGUACUGCAAGCCAGGAUACCUGCUCGAUAACCACACGGGUUCUUGCAUUGAUGCAUGCACCUGGAACAAAGCAACCGACGUUUGCGACAACGGCUGUUCCACUGAUGACCUCUCAGACAUUCCUUUUUCGUGCAAAUGCGGAAGCGGCGAAUCUCUUCAAGUCGACGGAAUCACUUGCAAACCGAGAUCGGAGUGCACAUCAAAGCAAACGGAUGACUGCAUGGAACGUGGAGGCCAACUCUGUGAGAUAGAAGGAACGAAACCAAAGUGCAGAUGCGUCGACGACCACAUCCUCAUCAGUGGCAAAUGUGUUGGACACUGCACACCUGCGAUGGAACAGAAGUGCACUGCACCGUUUGCAACUUGUAACAUCGUUAAGAAUCAAGAAGCAUGCAUUUGCCUUCAUCCUUUGGUGUGGAACGAUCAUGAGAGCCAGUGCGAACUACUCACAAUUCGAUAUAUUGCAACAUUUCAAGUGGCUACGUCACAGCUCACAACUUAUUCCACCUUGAGCUGCGAUCACGAAGAGGACAUUGAAAAGGCUAUGUUCAUGCUGUAUGGUAGUCGUCACUUGCUGGCUUCUAAAGCGAUCAGCUGCACAGACACGUAUGAGGUGCAGCUAACAUUCAGGAGGCCUGUAGGAGAUCCAGUUGUGAGAAGAAUACUCCUCUGUCAGUACCAAGAAAAGGACGCAUGCUUCUUCCCGCCGGGCCUUAGGAUACAACGUGGAUCUGCCACUGUGCACCUGGACGACAUGUGUGAAACAUCCCUCAAGGGAUUCGCAUUCAACUUCCCAAACCACUACAGCUGCGCUAGGAGGGAAGAUGGCUCUUACGCCCUGAAAUGUACGGAUCCAUACAGGACAGUAACGAAGGCGCCGCUCAAGAACCUUCACGUCGAUCUUUGUGUUGGAAAGCCGUGCAACGACACGUGUACGGGGAGUGGAAAGGAAUGCUUCAACGAGCAAUGUGUCUGCAAGUUUGGCCACAUCCCAAAGGACGAUGGCAGCUGCGUCGAAGCUUGCGACCCGACUCCUUGUGAAAACGGAGGUGUAUGCACUGUCAAGGACCGGUCCACGUACGUUUGCUCAUGCGCACCUGAAUAUUUUGGACCGCAUUGUGAGCACGAAAAUGAAGAGCUACACGCUUCAAGGAAGCAAGUGGUCAUCAUAAGCUCAGUGUUGGGUUCACUGCUCGUGUGUUUCGUCUUCAUCACCGUCGCGCUGGUCCUGUGUCGAAUACGGAAAUCGAGGGCAGCCAGGAGUGAGCUCCGGAACCAGUCCAAGCUUCAACAGUGUUACGACGGAAUUCAAAGAGAAAGUGCGGUGCCUCAAGAGGAGUAUACAGCUAUGUAGUUGUAGAAAGGGCGGUGCGUCCACGACGGAUCAUCCUCAUAGCAUCUAUAACUGUGGCAUUAUAAUAUAACUGCGGUUACAUGAACACGACAGAAGCGUGUCGUAUCGAGUUAUCGCACCUCCUCGCACCUAUCCCGACUGGUAGAUUGGUUCACGUGACCCCAUCGGAGAGGAUUUGUUGCGAUAAGUCAAUACGAUACACUUUUGUCGCGUUCUUGUAAAUGGAGCCUAUGACAUCUGAAAACCAUUUUUGCUACCAGCAGUCUCGACAAAAGUGAGGCAGUUAGUGAAGGGAUUUUCGUGUUAGCAUGCAACAAUUUACUGUAACUAUAUCCACAUAAACGAUGUGAGACUGCA